AUGCGCAUUUCUGCUGCUAUUGCUUUGGCCGGUCUGGCGGCCGGCUCGGCCGGUGCAGCCUGCCCGUAUGCUGAGCGCGCCAACAACGACGCCUCUGUUGCUGCUGCGGCCGGUUGUCCGUAUGCCAAGCGGGCUGCUGCUGCACCCGCAAAGGAUACUCGUGGGCUGUCCCGUCGAGGACCGAUCGAGGGCAAGAAGGGCAUCUUUUACAUGAACCGUAUUGGCCCCUCGGGGUCUCAGCUCUGGAUCUCCAAUGCGGACGGCACCAAUGCUACCAAGCUGCUGGCCAACCAGACCAAUCCCUUUGACUACCAUCCCUCCUGGUCGCCGGAUGGACAAUGGAUUGUCUUCACCAGCGAGCGUCGCGGUCCCGGCCAGUCCGACCUGUACCGGGUUCGUCCCGAUGGCACAGGUCUGGAGGUGCUGGCAGCCACCGACUCUGUCGAAGACAUUGGUGUCCUCUCGCCGGAUGGAAACAAGCUGGCCUAUGUGUCCACCUUUGGCAACUACACCACCAACAUCUGGGUCAAGGACCUGACCACUGGACUGGCCCAGAACCUGACGGACACUGCCUUGACCCGGGCAGACAACACUUGGCCCACUGGCCACUUCCGUCCGUCGUGGUCCCCCGACGGCGAGUGGAUCGCCUUCAGUUCGGAUCGCAACACCGACUGGACUGGCCACAGCGAGGGUGUCGGCUGGGAACACACUCAGACCCUGGGCCUUUACGCCAUCCGUCCCAAUGGCAGUGACUUCCGCACCGUACUGCGCCAGGACGGAUACUCCCUGGGCACUCCCCAGUGGUCGCCCGAUGGCAAGCGCAUCAUCUACAACAACAUGACCCGGGAGAACACCUAUGGCUGCCACGGUGUCUCCGCUCAGCAGGAAGCCGUCGAAGCCCAGAUCUACAGCGUGGACUUUGCCACCGGCGCCCAUGUCACGGCCCACACCUCCGGCAGCUACCCCAAGGUCGGCCAGCACUACAUUGGCAACUCGACCAACAUCGGCUACCUGAUCAAGGCCGGCGACUACGAGGGCAUCCACUACACCCAGCCCGAUGCCACCCACCACACCUUCAACCUGACCUACCUGCGGGACCCGUGGUGGUCCCCCGACGGCUCCAAGCUCGUCUACUGGAUCCCCAACUGGACCCAACAAGCCGCCGAGCUGGAACUCUGGAGCUACGACAACGACUGGGAAUACCGCUACAUGGACGUCUUCCCCAUGCACCACACCGCCACCAACCGCCUCGCCACCACCCAGAAGGUCCUCGGCAGCGCCAACGGCUCCCUCGUCCACUCCUCCCCCGUCUACACCGACGUGGUGGACGCCCUCGACGCCUACGACAUCUACAGCCUGAACAACGCCACCGAAGUCGAAUGGCUCGAAGAGGGCAACUCCGGCGCCUUCCAACCCUCCUGGAACCCGGACGGCACGGAGUUGGUCUCUGGUUUCGGCGCCUGGUUCGUCAGCCGCACCGAAGCUGAGGCUCGUAUCUGGCGCGCCUACGCCAACGGCACCCAUCACACUAACCUCACCGACGGCACCGACAACUCGGGUUUCCCCUCCUGGUCCCCGGAUGGCUCGGCCAUCGUCUACCGCAAGUGGAGUCUCGAAACGGGUGUCCCUCAGGGUCUGCACAUUCUGAACUUCACCACCGGCAAGACCCACCAACUCACCACCGGCUGGGAUAACACCCCGGGCUGGUCGCCUAAUGGCGAGCGCAUCGUCUUCACCCGGAACAACAACUGGACCGAGUCGUACGGCGCACGCUGGUACGCCGAUCGCUUCGAUAUCUAUACUAUCCGUCCGGAUGGAUCGGAGUUGACGCGUGUGACGGAUAGCUUGUCCAAUGAUGCUCACGCCGUGUGGUCCCAAGACGGCCGUAUCAUGUGGAGUACCGGCAUGUACGGGUUCAAGGACGAGAGUGCCCUGUUCGAUGAUACCUUCCAACCUUACGGCCAGAUCAUGGUCAUGAACUAUGAUGGGAGUAACAAGACCCUGGUUACGGAUACUAUCUGGGAGGAUUCGAUGCCGUUGUAUAUGCCGAAUGAGUAUCUGCAGUAG